UUAUAAAUACACUAAACAAAACGUAAUAUAAAAAUGAAUCUCCUAAUCGGGCUCGCAAUCUUCGCGAUCUUCUUUAUGAAGACGACACGCGUGUACUCCAGUUUUCCAACCGACAUAAAUAAUAAUUAUUUUGACGUGAGGAAUUCGACCUUGCCCAGGACCACCUCUCAUCCACAUACCUAUCGACCUCGUUAUUACCUCCCUCCACGAGAAUAUUACAAUGAGGACGAGAAGCCCUACGUUAUCGGGGAGUAUUCCGAAGAUCGGGAGAUCCCGAGGUUUUCCCACAAGCGCGUGGCACGUGAGCCGGCCACCCAGCAAGGGUUCCCUUAUGGCCGCAGACUCAAUGGCAACCUCUUGGGGCAGGCUGACGAUAAUCGCCUCGAUUCUGAAACUGCCGACGAUGGGAACGACGACUAUCCAUCGGAUCAGCCGCCGGUCGCGUUAGCAGCCCAGAGGGAAGUCCAGUAUGGAACCCCAAAUGCCAUCGAGGAAGCCAGAGCGAGGAAAGUCAAUAAUGCUCGAAUCAAGGAACUCACUAAAAGGGCCGAAAACCACCAAAAGUUCAUGUCGGAGAAUGGGGCCUGUCGGUGGCCAAGGCCGGAGGUGGUCUACAUCCCAACGGCUACCGAUGCCUUCUAUUCGCCGCGUGCCACGAUCCUUCACCGGUGCAGCGAAAAGAUCGGAUGCUGCGCCGCAAAAUCUUCCUGCCAGAUGAAGACGAACCAAAUAGUGGAAAAGGUGUUUUUCAAGAUAAAGGGCUCUCACAGGGAACCCAUAUUUUUUAAUAUGGUAAAUCACACGGAAUGCGAGUGUGUGAAGGUGGAGACCCGACGCAAACGCAGUCCACUCUGCCAAUGUCCGAAGCACUUCAUCGACUUCAGCUGGACGGAAUCACCUACGGUGGAGGAGGAGGAGGAGGAGGAGGAGCAGGAGGUGUAUCCGUGGGAACUGAAGGAGCAGCGCUGUCGAUGCGACUGCCACCUCAGCGACGACACCUGCAAGAGGCUGAAAAAUGGCUUGGAGGGAUUCUCGGUGAUGGAGCGACGACGCAUUCAAAGUGGGGAAAUCAGUCCGCCUUUUUGCAAUUACGGUCCUUAUGAUGCGAAAAACGGCCGUUGUCCGCGCCCUGAAUUUCCAAAUCGGACACUAAGCCGGCACAACUACAUCCAAUCGAGGCGCCAGCAUAACAAGAGCUAAACCAAAUCCCCAGUGAAAACCAUAAGUCCAGAACUGUGCAUAAACUAAAAACUACAUAUUCAAUACUACUAUUUAAAGAUACGAGUUAGCCAUUGAACAAAAUAAAUCCAGAACUGACUUUCCCGAUGAUGAGGAUUUGGUGAAUAAAUUUUACCAAAUGCUCCUUAUGGGAACUUCCAUAUGUUUAGUCGCUAGUAUUAUGAGCUAUAAUAUUAAAUUGAUAUAUAUGGUCCUCCUGGAACACAUAAACCAUUUUAAACACUACUUUUACAGCAGACACACUUCAAGUUAAUUUUUAUAGUAAUAAAUGCUGAGAGUAAGAUGCCAGUAAAAAAAAGCUUGAAGCAAAAAUACAAAAAAUAUAGUCCCAUGUUCCGAUCAGAAGUAUUGUCAAACAACAUUCGAGUGUACUUAAGUUAUCGUCGAUUAAGUUCACCUCCUAAGCUACUUAUGUAAUAUAUUUGUAUACAUUAAACGAUACUUCUAGUCACAACAAACGA